AUGGUGUCCACCUCGAUACAAGACCGAACCAAUGAGUUCCGCACUAUCCUAGCCCAAGCGCAGAAGCGACAGUCCGCCACGAAGGGGGGGCCUCAAAGACAGUCGCUACUGAGCGAAGGCCAGAAAAGAGAAGCAAACGGGACACCCAAUGGUCCUCCAAGGAGCACUCGGUCCGAGUUCGCUCGCAACGCCGCCCAAAUUGGUCGUGGCAUUACAGCCACUAUGGGAAAGCUAGAAAGACUCGCCCAGCUUGCGAAGAGAAAGGCAAUUUUCGAUGAUCGGCCUGUGGAAAUUUCCGAGUUGACAUACGUUAUCAAGCAAGACCUUGCCAACCUGAACUCUCAAAUUUCUGCGCUGCAGCAACUGACGCAGUCACAACACCCCACCGCCUCACUCCCACGAUCCGCAGACCAAGAAGGGCAACAUAACAAGAACGUUGUACUCCUGCUCCAGAACAAAGUGACCGACGUUGCUGCGAAUUUCAAGGAUGUGUUGGAAGUCCGCACGAAGAAUAUCCAGGCGUCAAGAUCCAGGACGGAGAAUUUUGUCUCGUCAGUCUCGGCGCGUUCACAAUCACACUUGGACGAAACCCGGUCAGAAUCGCCGUUAUAUCAGAAUGGAAGUCAUCAGAGAACGCCGCAAACCUCGACACAGGAUCUUUUGAGUCUGGAGCCUUCCAACACAUCGACACUGAUGCGGAACGGACCCCAGUCCGAUCAUCAGCUUUUACUUAUGGAAGAAGCACAACCGGCAAACAUGUACAUUCAAGAACGGGGCCAAGCCAUCGAAGCCAUCGAACGCACAAUCAACGAGUUGGGAGGGAUAUUCGGGCAACUUGCAAGUAUGGUUUCGGAACAGGGUGAGAUGCUUCAACGAAUAGAUGCAAACACCGAGGACGUAGUGGAUAAUGUCCAGGGUGCCCAACGAGAACUUUUGAAGUAUUGGAACCGGGUCCAGGGGAACAGAUGGCUUGUAGCGAAAAUGUUUGGUGUGCUGAUGAUAUUCUUCUUAUUAUGGGUUUUAAUAUCUGGCUGA